UUGUGGGGUACUUGCUGGGGUUACACAAGUUGUGGGGUACUUGCUGGGGUUACACAAGUUGUGGGGUACUUGCUGGGGUUACACAAGUUGUGGGGUACUUGCUGGGGUUACACAAGUUGUGGGGUACUUGCUGGGGUUACACAAGUUGUGGGGUACUUGCUGGGGUUACACAAGUUGUGGGGUACUUGCUGGGGUUACACAAGUUGUGGGGUACUUGCUGGGGUUACACAAGUUGUGGGUACUUGCUGGGGUUUCACAAGUUGUGGGGUACUUGCUGGGGUUACACAAGUUGUGGGGUACUUGCUGGGGUUACACAAGUUGUGGGGUACUUGCUGGGGUUACACAAGUUGUGGGGUACUUGCUGGGGUUACACAAGUUGUGGGGUACACAAGUUUGGGGUACUUGCUGGGGUUACACAAGUUGUGGGGUACUUGCUGGGGGUUACACAAGUUGUGGGGUACUUGCUGGGGUUACACAAGUUGUGGGGUACUUGCUGGGGUUACACAAGUUGUGGGGUACUUGCUGGGGUUUCACAAGUUGUGGGGUACUUGCUGGGGUUACACAAGUUGUGGGGUACUUGCUGGGGUUACACAAGUUGUGGGGUACUUGCUGGGGUUACACAAGUUGUGGGGUACUUGCUGGGGUUACACAAGUUGUGGGGUACUUGCUGGGGUUACACAAGUUGUGGGGUACUUGCUGGGUUACACAAGUUGCGGGGUACUUGCUGGGGUUACACAAGUUGUGGGGUACUUGCUGGGGUUACACAAGUUGUGGGGUACUUGCUGGGGUUACACAAGUUGUGGGGUACUUGCUGGGGUUUCACAAGUUGUGGGGUACUUGCUGGGGUUACACAAGUUGUGGGGUACUUGCUGGGGUUACACAAGUUGUGGGAGAUCGACUUGCUGGAGUUUCCCUCUUUUUGA